ACGAUUUCCGCGAGGUCCGUCCGUCUUCCCCACAUACCGUUACUCGCACCCGCUCACUUCUAUCCGUGGUUCACUACUGUCAUUUGCGAUAAACCCUAAACCGUAAUUUCCCCUCCCUCUCGUCAGCCUUGCCACAAUCUCUUCUGAAUUUGCAGGGAAAACGAAGGAAAUAUAACGAAAAGGGGGUUUUUCUCUCUGUAUUUACCCGGUAUCGGCACGCAAUGGUGUUUUGCAGCUCUUGUCGUAAAAGCGUUCCUACAAGUUAUGACGAAACUGGCAUCGUGUCAUGUUGCAUCUGUGGGAAAGUUUUGCAGUUCACUAAUUUUUCUACUGAAACCACAUUUGUAAAAGACAAGAAGGGGCAGAGCCAUGCUGGAGGAACAUUAAUUUGGUCUGUUGAAAGAGAAAAUGCUUCUCGAGAGAGGUUGUUUGAGAGAGCACGUGAUGACAUGCUAAACAUAAAAAAUGGCUUAGACAUGGGUCCACAUCUUGCCAUAGUUGACCAAGCUAUGGUGUAUUAUAGAAUAGCAGUAGAACGGAAUUUCACUAAGGGCCGUAGGACAGAUCAAGUACAGGCUGCUUGUCUUUACAUUGCAUGUCGGGAAAACAGGAAGCCGUAUCUUCUUAUUGAUUUUUCUAAUUACUUGCAGAUAAAUAUUUAUGUACUAGGUGCUGUAUUUUUGCAGCUCUGCAAAGUUUUAAAUCUUACUGAGCAUGCCAUUUGUCAGAAACUUCUCGAUCCUUCCAUUUUUAUACACAAAUAUACUGCUAGUUUAUCAGGAGGAAAAAACAGGGAAAUUUCUGAUGAUGCACUGACCAUUAUUGCAAGCAUGAAUCAUCACUGGAUGCAGACAGGGAGAAGACCCAGUGCGUUAUGGGGUGCAGCAUUAUAUAUAUCUGCAAUUUCACAUGGUCUCAACUGUUCCAAAUCUGACAUUUUAAGGCUGGUGCAUGUUUGUGGAAAAACACUGUCAAAGAGAUUGAUUGAAUUCGAGAAUACAGAGUCUGGAAGCUUAACGAUUGAGGAACUGAAUGCGAAGGCAGAGGAGUUGAAAGAGAGUUCAAUGCCACAGAAAUUUUUUGGGGAGCCAUCUAGUUCAAAAGAGUUGCUUUGUCAACAUAAGGGUACAAAUAAACCUCCUUUUGGAUUUGGACUUUGUAAAGAUUGCUAUGCAAUAGUUAUAGGAUUUGAGGGAGGAUCAAAUCCUCCAGCUUUCCAGAAUGCUGAGAGGCAAAGAAUGAAACUAUCAUCUGUUACGCAUAAUCUUUCAAAAGGAUCGAACAACCAAUGUGAGAGCAGAGAUGAAGAAAGGCCAGUACAGGAUCCCAAAAGUGUUGAAGCUUCCAUGGGGAAUUUAGCCAGUGAUCCUGAUAAACUGCAAGAUGAUGGUGUAGGUGAUAUGAGCUCUAAAGAUUUUUACGAGUCAGAUGGCUUUUCUGAUAUUGAUGAUGCUGAGGUUGAUAGCUACCUUCACAACGAGGAGGAAAAACGUUACAAGAAAAUCAUUUGGGAAGAAAUGAACCGAGAGUAUCUUCAGGAACAGGAGGCCAAAGAAGCAGCCACAGCGACUCAUAAGGAAGCUUGGGAGGAGAAUUUCAAGAAUUGCCCAGAGGACUUGCAGGCAGCAAGGAAGCUUGAUGCUGCUGUAAAAGCUGAUUUAGCAAAAUCUAAAAAGGAAAUGCAACAAAAGCGAGCUGCAGAAGCUAGGAACUCAGUUCCUGCUAAAUCUGCUGCAGAAGCUGUCCAUCGAAUGCUGACUAAGAAGAGAAUCAGUUCGAAAAUCAACUAUGAUGUAUUGGAGAAACUAUUUGAGGAACCUGAGGCUAAGGAUGCCAAGAGACCGCGAACUGAAUCACAUCCUGACCCUGUUGAGAAGGUGCUGCAUACAAAUGGAAAAGAUCACAAAUUAGAAGAUACUAAUGAAAAUGAUGGUUUGGGGCCACUAGAUGAAAAUGUGGAUGAUGCUGUUGGAGAAGCAUAUGAUGAUUUUCUUUAUGACGAAAAUGGUUCUGAUGAUGAAUAUGGUAACAGUUUAUGGUAAAAGUUUUGAUGAUAGCUAAUCACUGAAGACAAUUGUUCUUUUAACACUCUUCUGAACCUUUGGAGCCUAAAGGGAGCAGAAUGUUUGGAAAGGAUCAGAAUUGAUUUGUUGAUGCAUUCAUCCCUCGGGCUGUUAGGCUAUCUUCACAAGGUAUCCACAAUUCAGCACAUUUCUCUUUUGCAGCACUCCUCAGCAGUAGUGUUGUUUGUUUAUACACUAGAGUGAUUGUCUUUGUUUUUUCUUUUCUUUUCUUUUCGUAAAAUUGGUUUGUCAAUAGUUUCUAUUGCUAGUGAUUUCGAUUAUUGAUUUAUUAGAACACAAGUUUUCCAGACCUGUUUUAUCCUUGAGAAAAUUCUGGGAUAAACAGCAGUCUGCGCUAUAAAUCCAAGUCUAGGGACACUAGAUUGUAUUCUGUACUCCUAGUUAACUCGGUAGGAAGAUGAAAACUUCCAGUUCUGUAUUUACUAAACUUAACUUAAACUACUUGGUUGCUA